GUCGCUGCUACGCUUAGGACCGUGGGUAGUGUAGUUUUUCUCCAUGACGUCGCGAAUAAAACACGUUUUUUCUUAAAACGAGGUUGAUUUCAUACGGACUUCUAGCUUCUACAGGAGCAGAAACCUUCGUUUCACAAUCUCACAGCUCGUGAAACAUCUCUGCGCCCGUGAACGCCCCUGUUGGACCUUGUUCAUCUCCUUUGCUGCGACGGAGAGACAUUGUGCAGCAUAAAUUAGGCUAAAGAGACUCCAGACAGACAGACAGACAGACAGACAGACCGACCCGCCUCUUUCUGGGUUUCAGUUCGGACGCAUCAAGUCCAAGAUGACGGCUAACAGCAGCAGGUACCGGAGCCGCGCGCCCCGCUCAGAAGAUGCAGAGGAGAAAGAUUAUGUUGGUUUUGCGACGCUGCCCAACCAGGUGCACAGGAAGUCGGUGAAAAAGGGGUUUGACUUCACCCUCAUGGUGGCAGGUGAGUCUGGUCUGGGUAAAUCCACUCUGGUGAACAGUUUGUUUCUCACUGAUCUGCAUAAAGACAGAAAACUGCUCAACGCCGAAGAGCGAAUCCAUCAGACGGUGGAGAUCACGAAGCACACGGUGGACAUCGAGGAGCGAGGGGUGAAGCUGAAGCUGACCAUCCUGGACACGCCGGGCUUCGGAGACGCCGUCAACAACACUGACAGCUGGACAUCCAUCACGGACUACAUCGACCAGCAGUUCGAACAUUAUUUCAGAGACGAGAGCGGACUCAACAGGAAGAACAUCCAGGACAACCGAGUGCACUGCUGCCUCUACUUCAUACCUCCGUUUGGACACGGGCUCCGUCCCAUUGACAUCCAGUUCAUGCAGGCGCUGCAGGAGAAAGUGAAUGUGGUUCCUCUCAUCGCCAAGGCCGACUGCCUCACGCCCGCCGAGAUCAAGAAACUCAAAGAGCGGCUGAGGGAAGAGAUUGACAGGGAAGGGAUAAAGGUCUACCAGUUCCCCGACUGCGACUCUGACGAGGACGAGGAGUUCAAGCGGCAAGAUAAAGAGCUGAAGGAGAGCACUCCGUUCGCAGUGAUCGGCAGCAACACUGUGGUCGAAGCCCGAGGUCAGAGAGUGAGAGGGAGGCUGUACCCGUGGGGCAUCGUCGAGGUGGAGAACCCGUCCCACUGCGACUUUGUGAAGCUGAGGACCAUGCUGAUAAGAACCCACAUGCACGACCUGAAGGACAUCACCAACGACAUUCACUAUGAGAACUACAGAGCUCAGUGCAUCCACACCAUGACCAGCAGGAUGAAUGCAGACCGGGUGGAGAGCCCCAUCCCUCUCCUGCCGAUGUCCGCAUCGGACGUGGAGACGGAGAAACUCAUCAAAAGGAAAGAUGACGAACUGAGGAAGAUGCAGCAGAUGCUUCAGAAGAUGCAGCAGCAGAUGCAUGACCACGACCUGUGACCUCUCGUGCUACUGAUGUUACAGGAGACAAACCGGAACGAGAAUUAAACAUUUCAAUCUUCACGAAAUCCAUUUCUCCAGGGGAUGAGAGGAAGAAUUAUUCCGAUAUAUUUACAGUCAAUAUUUCUCAUGAUUUAAAAA